AUGGCUUUUGCAUUUUCUCAGUUGCAGACAUUUGAUGUGGAGACCGAGUUUGACAGCAUAACCAGUCUGAGUGAUGGUGUGAUCAUGAGUGAAGUCCUGAUGCAGAUUGCUCCAGGAUUCUUUAACGAAGAAUGGAAGUCAAAGAUCAAGGUUGAUGUAGAAGUUAGCAAUAAGAGAAUAAAGAUUAGCAAUCUGAAGAAAAUUCUCAAAGGAAUUCUCGAUUACUACUCGCAAGUACUUGGUCAACAGAUCAUUGACUUCCCCAUGCCUGACGUGAGCCUAAUAGGAGAGUUUGGCGACUCGAUGGAGCUGGGCAAGCUGCUGCAGCUCAUCCUCGGAUGCGCAGUCAACUGUCAGAACAAGGAAGAGUACAUCCAAUACAUAAUGGGAAUGGAUGAGGACGUACAGCAGUAUAUCAUGAAGGCAAUCCAGGAGCUCAUGAACAAGGAAGUGCCGGCUCCACCAGGAGCGUCAGAAACGGGAGACACUCAGAAUCAGCUGAAGGAGACCUGGCAAGCUCUACAGGAGGCUGUGCAAGCUAAGGAGGAACUACUACUCAGGUGUGGAGAGCUAGAUGUGCAGCUCGCUUCCAUCCAGGAAGAGAAGAUCGGUCUGACGGUCGAAAACCAAAGAUUGCAGGAGAAGAUCCACAUGUCAGAGCAGCUGCUGGACGAAGACAGCAGCGGCGGCAGCAGCACGGCGGCGGAGAGGAAGUAUCAACAUCUGCAGGCGAAGGUCGACAACUUCCAGGACGAGCUUUAUAGACUGGAGAACGUCUGCCAGGAUCAGCGCAUUAAGCUGGAGCUGCAGGAGAAAGAAAUACUCGACGUCCAGCUAAAGAACGAGAGCCUGGUGAAGCUGGCGGACGAAGCACGGAGUCUCAAGGAUGAGGUCGACAUUCUCAGACACAACUCUGAGAAGGCCUUGCAGUACGAGCUGUCGAUAGACACUUACAAGAAGAAGCUAGAGGAGAUGGGUGAUGUAAAGAGACAGCUGAAACUGUUGGAGGAAAAGAACACUAACUAUGUUCAGAGUAGCAUGGAAAUGGAGGAGGAGCUGAGGAAGGCGCAGUCGUUCCGCACGCAGGUAGAGCGCUAUAAGAAGGAGAUCCAUGAGCUUCACCCUAAGCUGUCGGAGGAGAGCAAGCGCGCCGACCGUCUCGACUUUGACAACAAGCGACAUCACGAAAAAACUGUUCCUUGGCAGCCGCCCGAAGAACGAUGGCGGCUGGUCACAAUGAGAGAUUCACUCAGUGAAACAAACGAAGAGCUGAGGAUGAUGCUGCUGCAGUCAGGGGCAGAUCAGAUGCAGCUUGUAGAAUCGCCAUGA